GUUAGCACGCAUGCGCGGCAGCCGGCCCUGCGCUGUAUGUGACGUUUACUGAGAAAAACAAUCACUCCUGUUGGAGCCUUCGUCUUUAUCUUAUAAUAAUACUAUAUGUUCGUAAAAUCAUGUAACGGAAUUAACCUCUAAAGUCAAAGAACAAAAGCAACCAUGUUCGAGGGAGCAGUAGCGGGGAUUCUCAACCGCCUGCUCGGGAAAUACGUUCAGGAUUUAGAUACGGAAAAUCUGAACGUGGGCAUCUUCUCCGGAAAUGUCAACCUGACUGAGCUAAAGCUGAAACCUGAAGCUUUGUAUGAACUGGAUUUACCAAUCGAUGUGAAGAUCGGUACAAUCGGACGUGUGAACUUACAAAUACCGUGGUCGGGGCUAUACACGCAACCCGUAGUUGUCAAUAUCGAAGAUGUCCUAAUACUCGUCGGUCCAGCAAUAUCCAACAGCUAUUUCGACCCGGAAAGAGAGAAACGUCUCACCAGAGCGGCUAAAAGGAAGAUAUUGCAGGAUUUGGAAGCGGAAAGCGAAGUCCUAAAGGGACCACAGAAUUUCUUUGAGAAUCUGUUCACGGCGAUCGUGAAUAACCUUCAGAUUUAUAUAAGGAACGUUCAUGUGAGAUAUGAGGAUUCCAUCAGCUCUAAGGAUGGCCCACUCGCGUGUGGACUCUGUCUGCAAAGUCUAUCGAUUGAGACCACUAAUAGUAAAUGGAAGCCCGCAGUGACUCCGGCGAACGCGUCCACAGUGUACCAAAUGAUGCGGAUUGAAUCCUUGUCCCUCUACUGGAACCCCACCGCAACAGCACUGGAUGACGUUGAAAUAGCUAAUAUAACACCCAUGCAGUAUUACAACUGGAAGCAUUAUAUGCUGACUGGGUUGGAUAAGUUCUCCAUGCAUCAUGAGGAUUUUGAGUUUUUACUCAAACCAGUGACAUGUAAAGUCAAAGUGCUGAUAAACCGUUCGGGCGAGGCACGUGUACCGCGGCUGUUACUGGACGCCGUGCUGCAAGAUAGCGCACUGCAACUGUCCAGGCGGCAGUAUUUGUCCAUUGACAAUUUGCUCGCUUCUUUCAGGAGGAUCCAGCUUAACAGAAAGCACCGCCACCUCCACCCCGGUAUACCGCUAUCGAAAGGCAUCAAAAAAUGGUGGAAAUAUGCCUACAAUGCCGUGUUAGAGCAAAGAGUACGGCCCUACACGUGGGCCGCCAUUAAAAAGCACAGAGACAACUACAAUAUUUAUAAAAAGACAUAUAAGAGUCUACUCAGAAGCCCCAAUGAUAUUGAGCUGAAGAUGGACUUGCAGAAGUGUGAAGAUAACCUGCCAAUUAUAUCGGUGGUGAUAGCGAGGGAACAGGCGAAGUAUGAACUCUUGUCGCAAGAGCCAGAGAGUAUAGACGUAGUCGAAACGGAAUUCGACUGGUGGAGAGUGGUUGGUUCAUCAGACCCAGAGAGUGAUUCAGACAACGACACCAAGUCUCGCGUGGAGCUCUGCGUGAAGGCGGAGAGGAAUAAGACGCUGUGGAGUCACCUCUCCAGCCCUGAGAGGAAGAAAGUCUGCGAGCUGAUAGGAUAUGUGGAGGGGGCUCCCAGACAGGACAAGUCUAAGCAGUAUAUUGAACAUAAACUGAACCUGACUCUGGCGAACUGUUCUCUCACAUUAAUCAAUAGAAGUAAAGAGGUGCUGGUGGUGACGCUGACCCAGUUCCUUGCUUCUCUUGAAACCAGACCUUCGGCUAAAGCGUAUAAGUUAUCACUUCGAGCCGAUAACUUGGUGGUGGAGGGGGUGUCGUCAGACGGUGAACUGGUCCACAUGCUGAUAACAGCAAGGGAGUCGUCUAUGGGAACAGCACUGGCGGUGGAUGUGGAACGGAAUCCGAUAAACAGUCAUGCAGACCUCGGCAUCACCUGGCUGAUGGAGCCGGUGGAACUGGUGUAUGUGGAGCACGGCAUUACAGAGCUGAUAAAUUUCUUCCAAACGCAUUCAAUGAGUUCUGAGGAGCUUCUAGAAGAAGUUUCCACGGCUCUGGAGCAGGCUGGCAGCAUCAGCAAAUCGGUGCUUGCGUACGCAGUCAGUCGGAAGAAAGUUUUCAACCUGAACGUGGAUGUGAAGGGACCCACUGUGCUGGUGCCGGAGCACGGCUGUAUGCAUAAGCCCGGAAGACUGAUGGUAGUAGACGUGAACCGUAUAAUCAUAAAGACGGACCUGCAGCCAUCCAACUUGGUGCUAGAGGACGCGACGUGUAUGGAACUGGAGGAGAAGCUGUACGAUCGCUUCCACGCCGAGUGCUCGUUCCAGAUCCUUUUCUGCGACUGGAACGAACCGUGGCGGGAGUCCAAGAAACUUGGUGAUUCAGAGCGCCACCUCGUGCCUCGUGUGAAGAGUCAGCUGGUAUUUUCCACCAGCAUCAGGAAGGAUUAUAAGCUAUUGCCUAGAUACAAAUUAAAUAUAUCACUUUCGAGCCUCAAGCUCAACAUCUCGGACCGGAUCAUCGGUCUCCUCCUAGACUACCUGGACAACCUUCCGAUCCCGGUGCCCAACACGGUGCCGGUCUCGUUCAUGGAUUCCGGAGACUAUACGGAACAUUACGUGGACCCCGAGCUGGCGGACACCCUGCAAUUGGACAGGAUAUCAGCUGACCCGGGCUACGGGGAGCUGGUGAAGCUGAGGAGGAAGAUUGUGGCCGCGUAUUUUAGCAGAAAUAGGGUGCCCGACACUCAAGUGGAUGGAGGUACGACUCAGUCUCCAACAGUGGAGUCCCUCCCACCAGCGGACCUCAGCGACGAGGACGUGGAGGAGUACGCGAGGUCCGUGGACCUCCCGGGCUUCGAUGAUAAUGUGUCACCGAGUAAUAAUAUUGGGACGUUAUUGCGGUUUAUUAUUGGUGAAAUUGUAAUAAAUCUAAACCGUUCGAGCGAACAAGAAGACAAGCCCUACAUCAUGUUAAGCGUCACCAAGUUAUGCCUGGAUGUAGCGCUGAUGGCGUUCGGUCCAGCCAUCCAGCUGUCAGUGGCCUCAGCACUGCUGACUGAUAAACAGCAUCACAGCAACAAUGGACAGUAUCUCGAAUUGCUCACGACCGAUGGGGAGUUAUUCAAUUUGCUGUAUAGAAAGGUGCGCGCGCACUGCCCCGAGUUCCGCUCGCACUUCCACAGCGUGGAGCAGGCGCUGGUGGCGGACGCGGGCCGCCUCGCGCUGCUCGCGCACGCGCCCGCGCUGCACACGCUGCUCAAGUACAUCGCCUACCUGGCGGACAAGGUACAACAGCGCCACGCUCUAAAUAUGAAAGGUAUGGUGCUACCCAGGACGAAGAGAUUGUGGGAUCUGCUGAUGCAGCCGGAAGCUGACACGCCGGUCCCACCCGGUGCUACUAAAUUCAGUUAUUCCAUGCGGGUAUCGUCAGUGUCGGUGCGCGCGUGGCAGGCGGAGGGCGCGGUGGAGUGGCGCGCGCGGGCGCUCGACAGCGACUGCGUGUUCCGUGCGGACGACCGACUCGUCUUCCGACUCUUUUUGGGCUCCCUACAGCUGGACGAUCUUACUGAUGCCACCUUGUAUCCUAAGCUGAUCUGGCCGGAUGAGGACAAAGUGCUAGAGCUGAAGUACGUCCGGUCGGCGGGCGGCGCGCGCGCGCGGCCCCGCGCCGAGCUGCGCGUGCGCGUCGGCCGCCUGCACGUCGUGCUCUUCUGCUCGCUGCUCUACAACCUGCAGCAAUUCUUAGAGCUAUUAGUUCCUAGUUCAGCGGCAACAGAAGCGGCAGUAGCGGCCGAGAGAGCGGCGCAAGAACAAGCCGCUGAACUGCGAACCUCCGCUCUGAGAGUCAGUCUGGCUAUAGAGAUUCAUGCGCCUGUUUUGCUUCUACCACAAAAGCCAUCGUCUCCAAAUUUGUUGGUAUUCAAUUUAGGUGACUUAAUGAUAGAGAACUUCUUCAAGACAGUGAACAUAAGUCAAGAGGCGAACAGUCCCAUACAGAGUCCAGUUAUCGACAAUGUGUUGUUCAAACUUGAUAAUGUAACUCUAUCGAGAGCUGUUAUGACUCUAGCUGGGACUCUUGAAGUUCAGGAGCCCAUUUUAGAAUCGAUAUCUGUGAGAUGCGAUUUAAAGCGUACAAUAGGAUACGCUCAAGUUGCGACAAUAGCAGCGUACAGAGACUUGCUACUUUGCGAAGCAGAUAUCGUGAUGGAUACUGUGAUCAUAAACGUUGGCCAGAAGGACUUGGCUACUUUGUUUGCUGUGUGGACGGAUAACUUGAGCGAGGGGAAUUACAUUGGUGCUAUUGUACCAAGCUCUCCAGUGGAGCUCGCGCCAUCUGAUGUGCAAGUGAAGAAACUCCAAGCGUUCUUUGCGCAAGGAGAACCUAUAAGAAAGGAGUCUGUUAUAAGGUUCACUCUAGAAGGCGUAGAGUUGAAACUAUUCUCAGAUUUAGACGAAGUCUUAAGCUCACCUGUUCGGGACUUGAACCAUGGACUCGCGAAACUGACCACUGGCGAAAUGACAGUAGUUUUUGAUUAUUUCUCCGACAACAGCAUGGAGAUGAAGGCCAGCUUGCAGAGUCUGCUUAUUGAGGAUAUUCGACCUGAUACUACCAUUGCUAUAAGAAGGAUCGUGCAGUCGCAGGGCGGCGGGUCGCGGUCGGCGGGCGGCAUCGCGGUGGUGCGGCCCGCGCUGCUGGAGCUGGCGCUGCGGCGCUCGGCGCGCGCCGCCAGCGCCGACGUGCGGCUCGAGCGCACGCGCCUCAACCUCGCGCCGCCCUUCCUCGUGCACCUCGCGCGCACGCUGCUCGCCGCGCUGCCCGGUCUUUUCUUUGACUUCAAGCGCAGCCGCGGCGGCAAGCUAGUUACAAAUUGA